UUCUACAUCGCCCCGUUCACUAUGGACGACGACCCUUGGGCAGAUGCGCAGAGCCCGCGAUCGGGCACGCCUGCGCGCCCAUCGGCCGAGUUGCGACCGUCGAGCGAGGCGCCUCGGCUCUCGGGCGACGCGCGCUCAACCAUGUCCGGAACAAUCGACGACGGCGAUCUGGGGUCGCCGUCGACCAAGAGCAGCGAUGUAAGGAACAGCGUUGACACGGGCGCGAAGAACAUUUCCCCAUCACCUCCACGCUCGCCUUCUUCACCCACCUCUAAACGCGACGACACCGACGACAGUGCCUCUCCAUUCAAGUCCUCAACAGACCCCUUUGCCGACUCCGAUCCGUACGCCGACCCUUACUCCGAGACGGCGGACCCAUUCGCGCUGUCGUCAACCGAGAGGGCACCGUCGCUGGAGCCUUUUGAGGAGGACGACGACCAGGAGUUUCUCUCCCCCAUGCCGACCGCGGCUGAGGCGUUCGGGUCACCGACCAGGGACGAGUCGGGGGAAGGCGAGGUGAUGGCAUCGUCCACAAAGUCCCCUCGGGCAUCCACAUCAUCCCCUCCAGCUCAACCCACCGCGGACGAGGACUUUGCCUCACCUUCCUCUGCCGCGGACUUCGUCUCCCCUCCACCAGCCGCGGACGACGGCUUUGAUGACUUUGACGACUUCGAUGCGCCCGCCGCGCCCGCAGACUUUGGCGAUGACGAGUUCGGCGACUUUGGCGACUUUGGGGAUGCAGAUGUCGCUCCCAUGGCCGCUGCGCCGCCGGCUCCCGCACCGGCACCGACCGCACCACCGGAGCCUCGAUGGUCCACACUUAGCCUUCGCCCCGUUCCGCCCCGCCUCGAGCUGCUGCAGCGCAUCUCGGCGGUUCUUGAGCCUCUCGUGCCCGACCACUCGGACUUCACCGACGAGCCGCCCCGCGCAGUUGGGGGGCUAAUGCAGGUGCUGACAUCUGAGUCUAGCCGCGACGCGUAUGCCCAACUCACCACCGCCCCAAUCCUCAAGCCGCUGGACUGGACGCGCUCCCGUGUGCGCCGAGAGCAUCUCAUCGCGAUGGGCGUACCUGUUAAUCUCGAUGAGGUGGACUCACACCGUCUCUCCGCCCUCCCGCCAUUACGGAUCACCACAGGCGACCUACCGGCGCGCUCGCAAUCCGCUGCCCCGGGCCCGCAGAAGCGAAACUCGCUCCCUCCUCCCGCAGCCGCAACAGCAGGCGCUUCCGCACCCGCCAGCGUCCGCAACUCUCAAGCGGACAAGUACGACCUCGGCCCACGCCCUGUGCUCGACAUCCCUCGCGCAGAGGAGCUUUGCGGUCUUGAAGAGGAGCAGCUCGCGCUCCUUCCUCUGUCGAAGCUGCAAGCGCUGCAAACCGAGCUUGAGCAGACGUCGGCUACAGCCAGUGGCCUCCUCGCAUAUCUCCUCCAGCUGAAGGACGCGCUCGCGACCGACAGCCGGACGUACAACGGCAUGAUCUCCGAGCUCAUCGCCAACGCGGCGAAGCAGAAGGCGCCGAGUUCGGGACUGUUCCGCCGUUCUACGGGGCCACGGUCUAGACCUACGAGCAUGAGUGCGACGCCACGGCGCGUGGGCAGUCCCGGCAUGUUUUCGUCUUAGAGGUGGCGUAGAGGUCGUUGUACACCAUGCAUGCAUGAGUAUAAUCUUGAC